CAGAUAUAAGCAGGGGGCAGCGAGCUGAAGGACACGCGGCUUAACAUACAACUGUAGCAACAAAAAGCAGCAAGAAGGAGAAAACCCUUGUGGUGUCAAAAAGCACCAGUGAACAUUUUCAAGACAAGAGUUCCGUCAAGCAACAAUGGACCAAGCAAGGUCAACAAUAACUAAAAUUUUUAAUGGAGAACCGCAUUCGUAUACACGUUUCAACUUGACCCAGAACAUGGAAGGUGACAACAGUCAAGUGGAGAUGAAACUUUCAUCUGACAUGGAUGAAGAAGUCGGCGGAAAUGGGGUGGGCGCCCACCUCAACCAUAAUUCCAACCACAAAUCCUACAUGACUUCAAAAUUUGGACGCACGCCGAAGAACCUUUGCUUUAUCAUCGCUACUGUCCUCCUCAUCUUUAUCAUCGGGUACUUGAUUGGCUACUUGGUCCACCGCAAAAGAGACGCGCCUUACAGCUGUCAAGCCUCCGUGCAAUUGCCCGAUGAGCCCGUCUUUCACGACACAGGAGCUGCCCCCCUCAUGGCCUGGAAUGAUGUCAAGAAUGCAUUUGCCCAGAAAUUGAGUGCAUCCAACUUCCAACGUGCCUUCAGAGAGUUGUCAAGUGACAGCCAUCGGGCUGGUUCCCCAGGCGAUGAUGCUUUGGCCGACAAAGUGAUCAAGAAGUUUCAAGAGUACGGCCUGAAAACCUGGACCGACGAGCACUUCAUUAAAGUUCAGGAUCGGCCGCUUUCCGGCUCCAACAAAGUUAUUUUCAAGGAUGGCAAAGAAGAGCGUCCAGAAGGUUUUCUGUCCUACAGUGCUAAUGGAAUUGCAAAGGGAGCUGUUCUGUACGCCUACUAUGGACAGGAAAGCGACUUUAGAUUGCUGCGGGACAGAAACAUCAACAUGAGUGGCAGAGUGAUGUUGAUCCGAGCUGGAAAGAUCAGCUUUGCGGAAAAGGUGGCCAAUGCUGCCAAAAUGUUGGCCUCUGCCGUACUGAUCUACCAAGACCCAGCUGAUUAUCCUUCUGAAGGGACCACUCAGCUCUUUGGACAUGUGCAUUUAGGUUCAGGGGAUCCCUAUACCCCUGGCUUCCCCUCCUUUAAUCACACCCAGUUUCCACCCGCCAAGUCGUCAGGUCUGCCAAGUAUCUUGGCUCAAACCAUCACAGCACGCACGGCCACCAGCAUUCUCGGACAGUUGGAAGGUCAGAAUGCACCAGAAGAGUGGGGCGUUUUCAACAAACUUGGUGGUGAGAGUGACGUCAUCACUGUGGAGGUGAACAACGUUCUCUCUGAGAAAAAGAUCAACAACGUCUUUGGCGUCAUCGAAGGCUUUGUGGACGCGGAUCGAUAUCUGGUUAUCGGUGCCCAGAGGGAUGCCUGGGGUCCGGGUUUUGCUGCAUCCACCGUCGGCACCGGCGUUCUGUUAGAAAUGGCUCGUUCAAUCUCGGACAUGCUGCACAAGAACCGGUUCAAGCCAAGGAGGAGCAUUGUGUUUGCGAGUUGGAGUGCGGGAGAAUAUGGGAGCAUUGGCGCCACCGAAUGGCUGGAGGGCUAUCUUUCUUCUCUUAGCAUGAAAGCCUUCUCUUACAUCAACCUUGACGGCAUUAUAGCCGGUCACAAUGGUUUUAAAGUGGCAGCAAGUCCUAUGAUGUACGGCUUGAUUGAACGCACUCUCAAAGAGGUGGGCGUCCAGAAUCAGGCCGUGUCCCUCUUCUCUCAAUUUGGAAAGGGCAACUGGGAAUCCAACGUGUUGGAACCUCUGAAGCUGGAUAAUGCCGCUUAUCCUUUCAUUGCCUUUACGGGCAUCCCGUCCCUGUCGUUUCAAUUCACUUCUGGCAAUUUAGAUUAUCCCUAUUUUGGCACGUUGCUGGAUACCGAGGAGAAGUUGAUCACUGCCACGUCCAACCAGCAUCUGCAGCUGGCUGAAGCGGCUGCCAAGUUUGCAGGUCACAUCGUGCUGAGGUUGGUCCAUGACCAUCUGCUGCAGAUGGACCUGUCAAAGUAUGACAAGAUUAUUCGGACUCACGUGGCUCAGAUUAACAGGAAAGUCAACACUGUACAGAGGAUGCAACCUAAUCUGGUGCCCACAUCGGUGCAGUGGUUGAUGUCAGCCUCCGGCUCUUACGGUCGAGCCUCUCGUAACCUGAUGAAAAGCAUCCAAAACAGUGACUUGAGCAACACUGAGAUGUGCCGCAUCUACAACGACCGCAUCAUGUCGGUGGAGAGGAACUUACUGUCAGCAUACGUGUCUGCCAGAGAAAGUCCUUUCCGUCACAUCCUGCUCGGCUCUGGUCCGCACACACUCAAAGGGCUGUCCAACCACCUUGACGCUCUCAGGACAGACAGCCCGGAAGCCGAUGUCGACCAGUUCCGCAACCAGUUUGCCUUGGCCACCUGGACAAUUCAGGGUUGUGCCACUGCGUUGGCGGGCGACAUGUGGUCGUUUGAUAAUGAAAUCUAAAUUAUUUUCACCCCGUGCUCUUCCCUUAGCAACGAUGAGAAUAAUAAUAAGUGUAAUAAUAAUUCUAUUUGAUCAUCUAUACCAGUUAUAAGCCGCCUCAUCUCCCUUAGCAUUCUACUUAAAAUCACACACUUUUCACAUCAACACAGUAUACAGUAUUUUCACAGUUUUUUUUUUUCUUGUACGUUUUGUUCUGUUGAAAGACAUUUCGAAAAUGCGGUGCUUAAUUGAUCACAUUUGAUUACUUUGGUGCUACCAUAACCACCUCCGACGACUAAUAUUGCUUGGUGGUAUUGCCGAAAGUCACGACGCCAGUACCCGGACUCAAACUUG